AUGGCUGGUGACUCGUUGCUAUCAAGCAUAAAGGAUAAAGUGUCCUCGGGUCUGCAGAAGAAGAAUAAGAAUAAAACCAAGAAGAAUGCGGUGAAAGAAGAAUCUACUGGCGACAAACCCAACGAUCAGUCGAAUGACGAUGAUUUAUUGCGUCGUGAAGCACUCGCUUUAGGGGCUACUGAAAAAGAUUUGGAAUUGAUUAAAGAUCUUGGAGAUGAUGAAGCAGAGGAAAGUGAACAAGAAUUUGGAGAUGAAGGUGAGGCAAAGGAGGAUAAGGAAUUCAAUAGUGAACUACAAGGGUUUCUCAAAAAUAUCGGAUUGAACAAGGAAGAAGUUGCUGCUUUUGCAUUAGAAGAAGAAGAAGAAGAAGGAGAUGAAAGAGAUGAAGCAGAGGAAAAACCGCUUAGUUCAGACUCAGACUCAGAAUCAAAACAGGAAGCGCAAGAGGAAUCAGAAUCGGAACCAGAAGAAGAAAAAGAAUCAGAACCAGAAAGUGAAAAACAACAAGAAAAGAAAGACAGCGGAUUCGUGAGUCAAAGCAAUAUGGUCCGUUCAGAUAAUUUAGUAGUGCCACUCGACGAUGUUUGGUACAACAUACCUUUGGAUCCUCAAAUUGCUAGAAACUUGAAGGAAAAAGAUGUAGCAUUGACUAAAGAUCAGAUUGAGAAAUUGUACGAGAGAGGUAAGGAAAGCUUGCUCGCUGAUAAUCAGGUUUAUUACGACGAAUUAACAAAAGAGUCUUCGCAAAGAAAGUUUAUGAACCAGGUCUUAACCAGUGGUACUUUGAACGAUAAAAUCUCUGCAUUGACACUUUUGAUUCAGGAGUCUCCUAUCCAUAACCUAAAAUGUUUCGAGACUCUAGUUUCGUACUGUAACAAAAAAUCUAGAAAUUCCAUUUUGCAAAGUUUGAAUGCUCUAAAGGAUUUAUUCUUGAACGGUUUGCUACCCGACAGAAAACUCAGAUAUUUUAAAAACCAACCAGGAUUAUCAAUGAUGCUCAACAAGAGAACUUUAGCAGUUUUCUAUUUUGAAGACUUUUUGAAAAAGACUUUCUUCAAGAUUCUUGAGGUCUUUGAAAAAUUGUCCCAUGACCCAAUUAUUCAUGUUAGAUUGUCAUGUCUGAAUCAUAUCUUUGACCUUUUAACCAAUAAACCAGAACAGGAGUUCAAUUUGUUAAGGUUAGGUGUGAAUAAAUUAGGUGACAUUGAUUCUAAAGUUUCUUCAAAAGCGUCAUUCUUGUUGCUAAAACUGGAGCAAGCUCACCCCAAUAUGAAGGGCAUUGUCAUUGAUGCAAUUGUGGAUACUUGUUUGAGACCUAACGCCGAUUAUCACACCACUUACUAUUCUGUUAUUACUUUGAAUCAAACGAUCUUGAAGAGAAGUGAAGAUGAUAUAGCGAACAAAUUGAUUAAGACAUAUUUCACACUUUUUGAGAAAUUCUUGAUUAAUUCAGACAGCCAACAUAAUGAUGACAAGGUGAAAGAUACUGAUAAGAGUUAUGAAAAUAAGAGAAAGAAGAAUUUCAAGAAAGGUAAGAAAGGUGGUAAAUCUGUCAAGAAUGAGAAGACUGAAACAGAUGUGAUCAGUGAAAAGAAUUCCAAAUUAUUCAGUGCAUUGCUAACUGGUGUCAAUCGUGCAUUCCCAUUUGCUCAAGUUCCAGCUUCCGUUUAUGAAGCUCAUUUGGAGACGUUAUUCAAGAUCACCCAUUCUGCAAACUUCAACACAUCUGUACAAGCUUUGGUUCUAAUCAACCAAGUUGUGGUCAACGCAAAACUGAAUAAUGACAGAUACUAUAGAACUCUUUACGAGAGUUUAUUGGACUCGAGAUUGGUCACUUCUUCCAAGCAAGGUAUCUACAUGAACCUACUAUACAAGUCUCUGAAACAGGAUACUGAUAACGUGGAACGAGUCGAAGCAUUCGUGAAGAGAAUUUUACAAGUCUGCUCGCAUUGGUUAAAUGUCGGUACGAUCGCCGGUUUUCUUUUCUUGUUACUGCAACUCUCUCAAGCGGUCCCACCAAUUAGAAAUUUACUGAUCAAUUCUCCACUAGAUCACGAAUAUCAAUCAGAUGACGAAGAGAACGCAAAACCAAGAGCUUAUGACAGUCGUAAACGUGAUCCGAAAUUUGCCAAUGCUGAUCAAUCCUCGUUAUGGGAAAUAAUUCAUUUCUCGAAUCACUACCAUCCUACCAUUCAAAUGUACGUUCAAGCCUUCAUCGAAAACAAGAAGGAUGAAGUUGUCAAGCCCGAUCUGGGUCUAUACACCUUGGCCCAUUUCCUAGACAGAUUUGUUUACAGGAACGCCAAACAAAAGCCAACCGUUAGAGGUACGUCUAUUAUGCAACCUCUAUUUGGCGGUUCACAAAUCGAUCAAAGUCUCUUGAUCAGAUCCACCGAUUACGCUACCAACGAAACUCCGGCCAACACUGAAAAUUGGCUAAACAAGAAGGUGCAAGACAUUAAACCCGAUGAAAGGUUCUUCCACCAAUACUUUACCACCAAGCAAGGUUCUAUGAAACCUCAAAAGGAUAAGACCAGUCACGCAGAAGCUGAAGACGACGAGGAGAUGAACGAAGAUGAGAUCUGGAGCGCAUUAGUCAAGUCAAGGCCCGACGUGGAGGACGACAGUGAUGAUGAAGAUAUCGGAUUCAGCGACGAAGAAUUCGGUUCCGAUAGCGACAGCGAAGCCGAAAUUGACCAAGAAGAGGUCCUAGCCUCCGAGGACAACGCUCCGGUGGACGAGAGCGCUGAGGAGCUCGAAGCAUUCUUGCAAAGCGACGAAAACAAUGCGCCAAGUGAUCAAGAAAGUAACAGCGAUGACGACGUGUUCUACAGUUUCUUGGGUGAUGAAACCAAGGAGGAAGAAAACGAUGCAGCCAGUGAAGAGGAAGUAGAGGAGCCAAACGCUUCAGCCAAGCGUUCUCGCGACGGUAAUCAAUCAAAAAAGAGUAAGAAGAGAAAGCUCAAGGAAUUACCACUGUUUGCCUCCGUAGACGAUUAUGCAAAACUUCUCGAUUCGGACGACGCCGACUAA